AUGGGGAACGCUGAGAGCCAGAAUGGGGAGCAUUCCCUCUACGGUAACGGGCGUGGCUACUUGUCACGGAAGCACAUGUCCCGCUCUCUCCGCCUCACCAACAAACAGUCCCGGCGCGCUCGCCACGCCUCAUCGGGGAAAAUAGAGCACCGGAACUCGGAGACGAGCACGCGCUCCAGCAGCACCCCCAGCAUCCCGCAGUCCCUGGCCGACCAUGGCCUGGAGCCCUUCAACGAGACCAAUAUGCUCCCGGAUUUCGGAAGCCCCAUCUGGGUGGACCGCGUGGCCAUGAGCCUGCGGCCGGUGUCCUUCCACAGUGACCUGGCCAGUCCCUCCGAGCACAUGAAAACCAUGCACCUGACCCUCCCCGGGCCCACGGCGGAGGAGGCCCGGGACGAAGACGUGUACACCCCCGAGGUGAAAUACCUCCAGGAGACCCGGGAGUGCUCCAAAGACGCCGUCAGCUUCAAAAAGAGGUCCAAAUCUGCCGACAUGUGGCGAGAGGACAGCCUGGAGUUCUCCCUGUCCGAUGUCAGUCAAGACCACUUGACCAGCACCGAGGAGAUCGUCGACAUGUCCAACGAGAGGGACCUGACCGACUGCGAGGGCCAGCUGCAGUCCAGCCCCGCGGAGUCCGCCGACAGGGCCAACUCUUUGGACGAGCUGUACAGCGACACCUCCCCGGCCUGCAGGCAGCCCCACGCCCGCUACGCCAAGUGGCACGACACCGGCAGGGCCGUAAGGGAGGGCGAGGACGAUAAGAUACUCUCCCCGUCAGAGGAGGAUGGGAACACUUACGGCGCGUAUACCCUGCCCUGUAGGCGCUCCCACUGCCUGUCUGAAGGCCUGAGCAGCCAUCAAGCCCCCCUGUGUGCAACCAUGCAGGGCAGGAGAGCACAGACCAUACAGGACGUAACCGGCGGGGAGGGCAGCGAGUACGAGGACAGCGGGAUCGACGGGGUGAUGGUGGAGGCGGAGCACCAGUCCCGCCGCUACAAGACCAUGUCGGCCUCCUUCUCCGUGUGCUCCAUGCACGGCCGGAACAUGUUCGCCGGCAGCGACAGCGGCAGCAGCGGCGGGGGCGGGGCCAGCGAGUGCGUGCAGGGGGUCUACGAGAACUUCCGGCAGGAGCUGGAGAUGAGCUCCUGCCAGACGGAGAGCCUGGAGGAGGCCGGCUCCGCCCUGAGCGACGAGCAGAGCACCAUGAGCUCCGCCUACCAGUCCGACCUGCUGCUCAGCAUCGUCCAGGGGAUGGUGCGCAAGGCCGGGAAGCUGGCCGUCAAGAACUUCCUCGUGCAUAAGAAGAACAAGAAGGUGGAGUCAGCCACCAGGCGCAAGUGGAAGAGUUACUGGGUUUCCCUGAAAGGCUGCACUCUCUUCUUUUAUGAGACUGAUGGGCGUUCAGGAAUUGACAACAACAGUAUUCCCAAGCACGCCAUCUGGGUCGAGAACAGUAUUGUCCAGGCUGUGCCCGAGCAUCCAAAAAAAGACUUUGUGUUCUGCCUCAGCAACUCCUUAGGAGAUGCAUUUCUUUUCCAGACCUGCAGCCAGACGGAACUGGAAAACUGGAUCACGGCUAUCCACUCAGCAUGCGCCACCGCGGUGGCCCGGCAGCACCACAGAGAGGACACGGUUCGACUGCUCCGUGCCGAGAUCAAGAAGCUCGAGCAAAAGAUCGACAUGGAUGAGAAAAUGAAAAAGAUGGGAGACAUGCAGCUGUCUGCUGUCACUGAGAGCAAGAAGAGAAAAACCAUCCUGGAUCAAAUAUUCUUGUGGGAGCAGAAUCUGGAGCAGUUUCACAUGGAUCUGUUUCGCUUCAGGUGCUACCUGGCCAGCUUGCAAGGAGGGGAGCUCCCCAACCCCAAACGCCUCCUGGCCUUUGCCUCUCGCCCCACAAAGCUGGCCAUGGGUCGACUGGGGAUAUUCUCAGUCUCCUCCUUUCACGCGCUGGUGGCCGCUCGCACAGAGACAGGAGUGAGGCGGCGAACGCAGGCCAUGUCCCGCUCCUGCAGCAAGCGCAAGAGCAGGUUUUCUUCCCUUUGGGGUCUGGAAACUACCUCAAAAAAGAAGACAAAAGCCCACCCUACAGUCAGCCAGGUUUUUGCUGAUGGUGAAGAGCCUGAGAAGAAGCAUGUUGAUGGCAUAUAUGUUGAUCCCCUAAAAGAAAACACUAAAAGCGAGGAAGGAACCGUAAAAAGCUUUCCACGACCCAACACUGAGAGCGACAUCUGGGUGCCCGACCACCUCACUCCGUCCUGGGUCAGCCUGCCAAAUGACCAGCCUGUGUUAGCCAUCAUCCAGCCAGGGGAGUCCGCACUGUGUGUUCUUGAGUCCAUCUGCAAGGCUCAUGAGCUGGAUCCAACCAAACAUUACUUAAGACUCAAAUUCCUCAUUGAAAACCAAGUGCAAUUCUACAUUCCCAAACCAGAGGAGGAUGUGUGUGACUUGCUUUACAAAGAAAUCGAGCUUUGCUCCAAAAUAACAAAAGUAAUCCAGUUUGACAGAGAUGAAUCUUGUAUGAUUGGUUACGGCUUCUCCAUUUCGGUGGUGGAGGAAGACGGAGUACAGCAGCUCUACAUCACAGACGUGAAGGCAGGCGGAUUGGCCUUUGCUAAAGGAUUGAAUGCCGGGGAUGAAAUACUUCAGCUAAAUGGGAAAGACUCCCACAGUCUCAAUUUCUCUGACAUGAAGGCUGCGUUCUCUCAAGCCUCCCUGGCUUUGGCGGUCAACACCCUGCCAUCUGUGGACCGCCGUCAGCUCUGCUACCUACCGCCGCGCCGCUCCGAUGCUUCAGACGAUCUCUACACGGACAUCUUCUCCCAGAGCCAAGAGGAAAUCCUGGACGAUGGCGUGGGGCUGCUGCUGGAGAGUUCCGGAGACAGCCUGGAUGAGGAUUCUGAGCUCUUCAGCGAGUUUGAUGAGUGCAGGAAGAGUACGGAGCAGGUCGCUGCUUUCUGUCGCAGUCUCCAUGACAUGAAUGCGCUGGAGUGUGGGUCCUCCUCGCCCAGCCCAGACUCACCCAGUCUGCCGCCCACCGCCACCACCCGCCAGCUUUCCGACGCCGACAAGCUCCGUAAAGUCAUCUGUGAGCUGGUGGAGACCGAGCGCACCUAUGUCAAAGUCAGUAUCCCUCAUCUUAACCCGUACCAGGCAGAUGGUGUUCGC